AUGGCGGAAGAUGGAUUGCUUCAGAUGGAGGGGAUUAUAUAUGAGUAUUCUAGUCUUUAUAGUGGUCUAGUAAGUGCGAUAACAUCGCAGCUAAUGAUAGAUGCUAAUAUUCACAAUAUAGAGAUAAAAUAUAUAGUUAGUGAUAGAUGUCCCCCUGUUAGUAUCCACAAUGAUGUAGGUGUGCAAGUUUUUUUAGAUCAAAAGAAAGCUAAUGUAGAUUUCUUUACGAAAUAUCCAUUGUGCAUAACUUUGAAGAAUAUAGCAAUAGAUAAUCAGGAUUCUGUAGUUAUUGUGGAUAGGAGACAUUCUGAUGUUAGUAGAACACUAACUAACUUUGAUUUAUACUCCAGCAACUCCAUCCGCUUGAUAGGAGUGAAUUUAGAUGGAGUUGUCGAUGAAAAUACUGAUGAAGGAAAUGGAGUAAUCAGUGACCUUUCUAAUUUAUUUAUAGCUGAAAAUCAGAUUUACAAUGAUAAAGAAACAUCUAUGGAGGUUAUGCGACAUUAUGGAGUUGUGGAAAAAUUCAGAUUUCUUGUGACUCGUUCUAGUUCAUCUUGUUAUUACCUGAAGUGUCCUGCUGAUAAUUGUUCCUGGAUGAUGAACUCAUCAUGUUUGAAUCAAUCAAAGCUAUUUAAAAUUAGAAAGUACUGUGCGGAACACACUUGUUCCAUUAGAGAUAGAGUGUAUGCAAGGCGUCAGGGAAUAACUGACGUUGUAGCUGUUUUAAUAAUGGAUAAAUUUAUUGAUCCAUCGACUGUAUACACUCCAAAAGAUAUAUCGGAAGACGUUUUGAAAGUGCAUGAUGUUGCGCUAACAUACAUGCAGGCCUGGAGAGCUAAAGAAAAUGCGAUAAAAUUGGUGCGUGGAGAUCCAGCCGAAUCAUAUGCCAAACUUCCAGGUUAUCUAUACAUAUUGGAGCAGACAUAUCUUGGUUCGAUUUUAAAAUUAGAAAGGACAGAAUGUGAUAAAUUCUUAUAUGCAUUUGUUGCAUUAGAAGCAUGUAUUAGAGGUUGGGAGUAUUGUAGGCCAAUUGUAGUUGUUGAUGGGGCAGCUUUGAGAGGCUCAUAUGGUGGUACAAUGUUGUCUGCAAGCACUAUAGAUCUAGGAGAUCACAUACUUCCACUUGCUUAUGCCAUAGUGGAUUCUAAGAAUGAUGCAUCAUGGACUUGGUUCUUUGAACAAUUUAGGGAAGCAUAUGGAGAAAGGGAAAACAUGUGUUUUAUGUCAGAUAGAAACGAGAGCAUAUGGAAAGGGACUGCCAGAAACUUCCAUAGGAAUACUGAAGAUUUGAAGAAGCUAUUUUUUACAAUGGCAAAGGCUUAUACAAUACAACAAUUUGAGGCGAUUAUGCAAAGAAUAGACCAGAUAGAUCCAAGAAUAAGAGAUUAUUUAUAUGAUAUUGGGAUAGCAAGGAGGUUGCUAGUGAUUUCACUUCUUGAAUUUAUGAGGGUAACAAUUCAAAGAUGGAUUCAUAAGCACAACGAGGAGGCUGCAAAAACUAGAUCAGAGCUUACAAAAAAAUAUGAUCUUAUGCUCCAGAAAAGUAUUGCUUUGUCUAGCAGUAUGAGGGUAAUACCAUCAACAGUUGAUAUGCAUGCUGUUGUUGAUGGACCAAAGCAGUACAUAGUAAACUUAAACACUAAGAUGUGUAGUUGCGGAAGAUUUCAAAAUGAUGAGAUACCGUGCGGGCAUGGAGUAACAGUUCUUAGAUACAGAAGACUGCAUGAAACAUAUUAUUGCUCUCCUUUUUAUAGCCUGAAGAAUUUUCAAGAUACAUAUGCCAUCCCUGUUGAACCUCUCCCAUGCGAGAGUACAUGGGGUAUACCAAGUUAUGUUUCAGAGCCUAAAUUGAUGCCGCUUGGUCCAAAGAGAGCAGCAGAAAGACCGCAACUUGAACGCUGGAAAGGGUUUGCUGAUAUGAUAUUUGACUGGAAUUAA